ACUUAAACCCAAAUCAAGAAGUUACUUGUAAUUUGUAGUUGCAGUAACAGUAAUCCGCAUUCAGGAUGUCAGACUAUCCCAAGAUGUCAGGGGAGAAGGGUGGACAGCCAGCCGGUGCCCCUAUUGCUAUGCAACCAAUGCCCUCAGCCCCUCCUGGUGCCCCCGCCCCUACUGGCUGGAUGUCUGCCCCCCAGGCGCCACCCAACUGCCCGCCCGGGCUGGAGUACCUCGCCCAGGUGGACCAGCUCCUUGUGAAACAGAAAGUAGAGGGAUUGGAAAUGGUGACUGGCUACGAGACAAACAACAAGUAUGAGAUACUGAACACCAUGGGUCAGAGAGUGUUCUAUGCUGUGGAAGACACUUGCUGCUGUACGCGCAACUGUUGCGGUCACCAUCGUCCUUGGGACAUCAAGAUUUUGAACAAUCAGUCCAAGGAGGUGAUGCACCUGUCCAGAGGGCUUCGAUGUAACACCUGCCUCUGUCCAUGCUGUCUACAGAAAGUGACGGUUGAGGCGCCCACUGGUCAUGUGAUUGGCUAUGUCUCUCAGGCAUGGAGCCUGUGCAAGCCUCGCUACAACAUCCAGACAGCCAAUGAGGAGACGGUGCUGCGUAUCAAGGGCCCGUGCUGCACGUGGAACAUGUGUGGAGACAUCGAGUUUGAUGUCUCGACGGCUGACGAGACGUCAUUCUGCGGACGAAUCACUAAGCAAUGGUCUGGUCUGGCCAAGGAGGCUUUCACGGACGCUGACAACUACGGCAUUUCCUUCCCCAUGGACCUCGAUAUCAAUGUGAAGGCUGUGCUGAUCGGAGCGGUCUUUCUAAUCGAUUUCAUGUACUUUGAGAACAACACCAAGUCAGACAAGAAGAAAAUCAAGCAUGUCGUUUCCUAGGUAACAAGUCGAAGAAUCGUCUGUACUGUUGGCCUGCGAAUCCAAAAUUAGUGCUUGUGCAACAAUUGUAUUGUAUAAUAGGGUUUAACAUUUAUUCUGCUAGUAUUAAUUAUAUAUAUUUUUUUUUAUUGUGUAAUUUUCAAAUAACAAUAGAUGCAAUACCUGACUUUGUGCAUUUAUAAUUUGGUACAAAAAUAGAUCUGAAUAAAUGUGUAUAUACAUUUAUUUAUAUGAAUUCAUCAAUCAAAAUAUAUAUUUCAAAGGCUUAACAAGUAGAAAUGCUAUAUUUGUAUGUGCUUUUAUACACAAAGUGCUGAUUGGAAUGCUCAGUUAUAUAUCUGCUGUUCAUAUUUUAAAUAGUGUUAAUUUUAUUGAUAUUUUACCCAUACUUUUAAUGCCUAUGUGUUUUUCUUUUAAAUCGUUUUUAACCAGGUUUUCUGAAGGAAAAAACUGGUUAUUAGAUUGGCGAAUGCGGGCGGGCUGGCUGGCGGGCUGGCUAGCUGGCUGGCGGGCUGGCGGGCGGGCGGAACAAGCUUGUCCGGGCCAUAACUUUGUCGUUCAUUUUGAGUUUUUAAAAUCAUUUGGCACAUUUGUUAACCAUCAUUAGACGGUGUGUCGCGCGAAAAAAUUACGUCAAUAUCUCCAAGGUCAAGGUCACACUUUGAGUUCAAAGGUAAAAAAUAGCCAUAAAUGAGCUUGUCUGGGCUAUAACUAUGUCAUUCAUUAUGAGAUUUUAAAAUCAUUUGGCACAUUUGUUCACCAUCAUGGGACGGUGUGUCGCACGAAAGAAUCACGUCAAUAUCUCCAAUGUCAAGGUCGCCACAACUAAAAAUAGAUUUAUUUUAAAACAAACUUACAAAGGGGGUUAAUUUUGUUUGUUCAUUUCAAAAGUUCAGUUUGAGUUGUCUCCCUUUAUCAGAUUUUUUUUUUCACAAUGAAAACCUGGUUUUGUGACAAUUUUGUCCCUUGUCUAAUCUUACGUCAGUUUCUACAUACUGGUACUUUUGGUUUUGUAUGAAAAACAUUUUAAGUGUUUCGUCAUGUUCGAGAGAAAUCUUUGAAUCUGUGUAUUUUAUUGCUUCAAAGUGAAUUUGUUCCAUUUUUUAAAUAUUUUUUAUAUUUUUUUAAUUUCUACUUUGUACAAUAUAUAUUUAAUUUCAAUGUUUUUUAAGCACCUUGGGUUGGCAAAAAAUAUAUUGUAUGUAUACUGGUACCUAAAUUUAUUGAAAGUUUGCAAAACUUAAUUAAAAUUGAUUGAGUUCUGCUGUUGAAAAAAUAUUACAUUUAAACAGAAUUAUGCAAUAUGAAAAGUGGAUGUGUUUUAAAUGCAAUUUAAGAAACCAGUUCUUUAUUUUAUGUCUGUGUUCAUUUAGUUCUUAUUUUUCCAUUUCAAUAGAGAUCUGUCUUUCUUAAUCUGUGUUGUUAUUUUAUAUCAAACAUAGUUUGACAAAUAUUGUUUAUAUUCGUUCAUGUCAGAAUGUAUACAUUACUAACAAAUUAUUAAAAUGUUGUUAAAAUAUUUUUGUGUACAUUUACAUAUGUAUUUUCAUAUUUUUUAACAUCAUGAUAUUAAUCAAAUAUGAUAUUCUAAAUACAACGUGACCUUGAUGUUUGAUCAGCUAAAUGCUGUUAUUUUUGGAACUUGCCAUUAAAUUUUUGUUAUCCAGGGCCCCGGGGCCGUUUCAUCAACGAUCGUAAGACAAAAUUGGAAUACGAGACAUAUUUCAAAGAAGCAUUUUAACUAAACACCAAAGAAUGAUACUUUUAUUUUUCCGUGUAUCUAUUCAUUUCAUUGUUUUCUCACAUAUGGUUUAUAUUUUGAAUGCAUAUUGAUGAACAGCUUUUGUAUUUUCAGUCUCCAAAAUUUAGUCGUAAAUUAAGAUUGUUGUUAGAUCUUUGAUUAAACGGCCCCCUGAUACAGAGAUACAGAUUUAGAUCUGGUCUUCUGUAAUUGAUACCAAAAUAUACCAGCAUUACAGUUGGAUUAUCUUUAGGUAUAUAAUAAAAUAGUUUUCUGAUCAUUGCUUGCUAUAUGAGUCGUGUUCUGAGAAAACUGGGCAUAAUGCUCAGGCUAAUCAGUGACGACACUUUCCGCUUUUAUGUUUUUUUUAGUUUCAAGGAAGUCCCUCCUUGCCGAAAAUCACGUUGAGGCGGAAAGUGGCGUCCCUGAUUGGCCUGUGCGGACUGCACAGGCUAAUCUGGGACGACACAUUACGCACGUGCAUUCUGCCAUUAUGCCCAGUUUUCUCAGAACUCGACUCAGAUGUUAUUGGGUGGAACUGCUCCUCAUUUUAUGCCAUUUAAGGGACUUGUUCACUUGUUAAAUGACUUGGUUUUUG